ACAUACCGGUACUACCAGCACUCGCCCCUCCUCUCCUCUAUUCCCCCACUUUCCUCGCCAUUUCCCCCCACCAGCUCCUCGCUUUACACCAUCUUCCUAUUAAUCCACUCGUCUCCGCAGUCCGUAAUCGCCUCCCCCUCUCACAUACUUUCUGCCUCCGAAAAUCUUCACGUUGCCCUUUAGACAAUCCGGAAAGAGGGCCCCAUACGUUUCCUUUCAUUCGGACUCGGCCCUGAUAAAGUACCAUACAGGUACUCAUCUAACCGGGGUUGACACGGCAGAAAAGGGCAAUCCCGAAAGGUUAUUCAAAAAAAGAAAAUAAACCCUUUGCCCAACCAAAAACGAACCGUGCUUCCGGGGUCCCACAGCCAUGGGUCUCCAACAGGAUUCUCCCCUGUUGGUCUCCUCCCCUUGCAUCAACCAGCCGAUUCUUCAACACCCCAUUCCCCACAGGACACUCAUUCGAAGCUUCACCACCUUCACAAACAAAUCCUCCCCAAACACACUCUUUCCGCUCGUGCCCUGCCCAGAGGCGCUCUUUUUGCAAACUUCCCCACUACCAAUGUCGUUCCAACCACCGCCACCGCAGCCUUCGCCCUCGCCACCGCUAUUCACUAUCGCGUCAUCCAAGAAGAGGUCUCCGCAGAUCGCCUUCGCGGACGAUACGCCGCCAUCUUCGAGACCGCCUUCUCGCUCGCACACACAGAAGAGAUUGCGUGCAAAGAGGGCUGCGGAGAGGCCUGGUUGGGUGUCUCGUAAAGAUGAUAGUAUCGGCCUUGACGCGCGGGUAGAAGCGGUUGUUGUGGAUGUGCUCUGGCCUGGCGCGGAGAGUUUGGACUGUGGAAGAAGAGUGGGUGAUUUACGAGGAAGCAGGGGGUUCACAGUCUUGUGUUUCCUUGAGUGCACGAUUGAGCAUUUGCAAGGUUUGGGGUUGGUAUCCUUCUUAUUUAUUUGUUUUCGUUCGCCCCUUUGCGGUGAGCCAGAUUGUGAAUUGACAGGAAAACUUUCCGUUUAAAAAACAGUCAAGUUGCUAGUCUCCUAGGAAACCUAAAUGCCGAUGUAUUCGGUGUCUCCCUGUCCGCCCCUCUACCGCAUACUUCUUCAUUACCAAUCGGUGGGUCCCAAUACCCAUUAUUGUGAAAAAAAAAACAGGGGCCAAUUCGCUUUGAUAUCCAUAGUCCACGACCGCACCCGUGCAUUAACACUCUCCCUCGGUCUCCUCCACCCUCUUGGCGGCGGUCGGCAAGCCCUCGACGCGAUUGUCAUUCUUGACAGGGAAGCUCGGCAAAGAGUAGUGCUCCCCGUGGGCUGGGGGCCGAGGCCUGUUCCGGGCCAGUCCGCCGCCGAUGAGGAGAGUAAUAGUAUUAACAGCAUUGUUGGGCGGUGCGUGAAGGGUGUUGAAUGGCUCUGUAAUGAGGCCAUGGACGACACGGUCGAGGAUGUGGAGAUGGGGGUGAUGGAUAACGAGAUUGUUAUGGCGGCUUUGUAGGUGCGGGGGUGUGUGGGUAGAGAGAAGGUGGGUUCCUGGGUAUUCUGGAGAGACCCUGGACCGGUCUCCUUAUUCCGGUCUGGAUACCGUUGUUUAUUUCCCGCCUGGAUGGUAUAUUCCCCACGCCUCAUGAGAAGCAUUUCCCCUCUCUAUUACUGAAUGCAUUAACCUCUGUUUGAAUCCGCUUAACCACAUUAUCAAUACCUAUGGUUACGUUCACUGUUAAAAACGCCGUUUCAAUCGUCGCCGUCGCUCUUUUAUAUACCCUUCCUUUCCUACACGGUCUUUUUCGUUUUCUUUUCGUCUUGCUCCUUGCUUUUUCUACAUUUAGGUCUUUAAUAGCCUGGGCCAGGUGUAACACUGGAAUGUCUUUGGUUUGGUUAUCCUUUUUUUCUCUUUUCCCCUUUGUAAUUAGGAAAUAUCGGGACAUCGAUCCCAUAUUGAAGGCAGGUGAAAUGUAACACCUAGCUAUUAUACCAUACCCGCAAGAGAGGGAGUUGAGCCGGCUUAAUAAUUGGAAAUACGUGGUAUUAUCCAGUUUAAUGUAUGCAAUGUCUACACUCUCGUGCUGUAUGGUUCAGAUGUUUAGAAGCACAUUCGGGGCAUAGAAGGAGGUCGGAGUAAGGUUUGAGAAACUGUUAAUUCUGCCAGUGUGGAAACGGUAUUUAGAGCAAGUAUCACAGCAAGUGGUGUUAUAGAUAAAGCGGACUGCAUAAGGGUCCAUCAUGUGGGUUUCUUCUUUUGCAGAUG